AUGUCUGGACUUCGGCAUCAAGAUAAAGUAGCUUUAAUAACUGCAGCUACAGACGGUAUUGGGUAUGCAAUCGCUGAACGUCUUGGAAAGGAAGGUGCAAAAGUGGUCAUCAGUAGCAGGAAACAGAAAAAUGUUGAUGCCGCGGUCAAUAAUUUACGCCAACAAGGAAUAGAAGUCAUGGGUCUUGUUUGUCACGUUGGUAAAAAAGAGCAUCGUGAGGCACUUAUUCAAGAAACAGUAGCAAAAUAUGGUGGUAUCGAUAUUCUGGUAUCGAAUGCAGCUGUUAACCCAGUUUAUGGGCCAAUGUUAAAGGUUACAACUGAAGAAGCAUGGGAUAAGAUUUUCGAUAUCAAUGUUAAGGCGUCCUUCUUUCUGGUAAAGUCAGCGAUGCCGUAUAUGAAAAAUCGCAAAGGUGCAUCCGUAAUAUUGGUAUCGUCAAUUGGUGGAUUUACACCUGACAAAAGUCUUGGAGCUUAUAGUACUAGUAAGACGGCAAUGUUUGGAUUGGUUAAGAAUUUAGCUGUAGAAUGUGCUGAAUUUGGCGUAAGGGUCAAUGGUUUAGCACCAGGCUUAAUCAAAACGCGAUUUAGUAAACAACUAUGGGACGGCCGUGAAAGUGAAGCUGUAGGUUUUUCUAUACCAUUAGGAAGGAUUGGUUUACCAGAAGAUUGUGGUGCAGUGGUAUCAUUUCUCGCUUCAGAUGAUGCUGCCUUCGUUGUUGGUGAGAAUAUCGUAGCAGCAGGUGGCCAGUUAUCAAGACUAUAAGGCUAUUGCAAAUACGAAUAGCUGAUUUUACCUCUGCAACAUGUUACUGAAAUCAAUUCACAACCUUUUAGUCGCUAUAAUGAAUUCAUGAACUUAUAGUUUAUCAAUGUAAUAAUAUUGUAAUAUGCUUCGUACAGCUGUUAUUUAGAAUAUUUUUUGCUCAAAUAAAAG